AUGGACGGCGUAAUGUCGGCGUCGGACCAGCAGACGUUAGUUUCUUCUUUCCUCGAAAUCGCCGUUGGUCAAACCGCCGAUACUGCCCGGCAGUUCCUCCAGGCAACAAGCUGGAAGCUUGAGGAAGCAAUUCAGCUUUUCUACAUAGGAAAUGAGGGUGGGGCAGCAGCAUCUUUUAAUUCUCCACAAUUGGGGAAUGAUGCACUUCUUGGUGAUCCAAGCUUGAGUGGAGUUGGAAACGACUCAGCAGACACCAAUUUGUUACAAGGCGAUGGAGAUGAUGUACGUCCACCUUUACCUGUAAAAAGGGAAGUUCUUUAUGACAAUGCGGUACUUUAUGGUUCUUCAGGAAUGGGAGGUUCAUCACGUGAACCUCGUCUAGUAGUUCCCUUCCGCAACUUUGAGGAGGAAAUGAAGCAUCCGGGAGUCUGGGAGGCAGAGAAACGUUCUACUUCUACAGCAGAUGCUGUUCAAGACAAUCUUGCUUCAUUGUAUCGUCCUCCUUUUGCCUUGAUGUACCAUGGGUCUUUUGAGAAGGCAAAAGAUGCUGCUAGAGCUCAAAACAAAUGGCUCUUGGUGAAUAUGCAGUCCACGCGAGAAUUCAGCUCACAUAUGCUUAACCGAGACACUUGGGCUAAUGAGGCUGUUGCCCAGACUAUCAAAAGUAACUUCAUCUUCUGGCAGGUGUAUGAUGAUACUGAGGAGGGCAGCAAAGUUUGCACGUACUACAAGUUAGAUUCUAUGCCUGUCGUAAUGGUAAUUGAUCCUAUAACAGGUCAGAAGAUGCGUUCUUGGCGUGGAAUGGUUCAGCCAGAAACUUUGCUAGAGGACCUCAUAUCCUUCAUGGAUGCUAGCCCCUCAGAACAUCAUGUUAAUCUAUCUCAUAAACGACCCAGAGAAACUCCUCAGGCACCUCGUCAUCCCCAACCUCAACCUCAACCUCAACCUCAGUCACAGCCUCAGAAUGAAAUUGGAGAAGAGGAUGAAGAACUACAACGAGCAUUGGCAGCCUCUAUGGUAGGUAUAGAAGAUUCUGGUUCAGUUGCCUCUAAAGAGACUAAUGAAGCCGCCAGUGAUGUUGUAAAAGAGGAGAACUUGAUAAAGAAGCCUUCUUAUCCUCCUCUACCUGAAGAACCCAAGGGUGACAGGAACCUUCUCUGCAGAGUUGCAAUUCGCUUUCCUGAUGGACGCAGGCUUCAAAGGAAUUUCUUACGAACUGACUCAAUUAAGCUGCUAUGGUCCUUCUGUUCUACUCAGUUUGAGGAAGCUGAGUCGAGGCCAUUCAAAUUCACCCAAGCAAUUCCAGGUGUAUCAAAGUUUUUGGAGUUCGAUAACAACAUGACCUUUGAGGAAUCCGGUCUUGCCAAUUCAAUUAUUUCAUUCACUUGGGAGUGAGCAAUGGGUUUUAGUUAUAGUUACUACUCAGUAAGGAUGUCGAUGUAAGAGGGCAUGUUCCUACUGCGCGGGUGCUUUCUGCGUUAUCUACUUGUUUAAGAAAAAGAGAAAAAAAAGUUACUUUCUGCUGUUAUUUUACUUUCAAAUAUAGUAUCUUGGCUUUGAUAUUGUAUAAGAUGGUAUGAAGUUUGUACAUUUUGCUAAACAUGUACAUAAUUAUGAUUAGUUCUUGGUGGCUUUUAGUCUUGUCAA